ACGAUACGAUACGAUACGAUACGCUUUUUCUUCGUUUUACUUAUCAAAAAUAAUAAUGCCCGACUAUUUCAACAGUGACGAAGUGAUAAAUGCGUUAUCAAACAUUCUCGUGCCAGAAGCGGCGAAUGAUAGUUACUUUUCAGCGCCUACAGAAUUGAUAACAGAAAAAAAAUGCGAUAUUCUAUAUGCUCCUCACGAUCCCUUGAUCGAUGACAAAUUCUUAACACGUGCAAUUCAUUAUUGUACACUCGUAUACAACCGUUACAACAGGCUUCCAAUUAUUUUGGUAUUUGGAGUUGCAAGUGUAACAUUGUCUUUACAGAGCAAGUCUGUCGAUAGUGAAUUCCCCUUUGCUAGACAGAUACCAAGCCUUGGAUGGGCUGAACACUGUUUGCUACUGACAUCAUCAACAUUACAGAUGAAUGAACAAGAAAUCACAUUGCAUCCUUUGCGAGCCAUCGGCUUUUUCCUCUGCUCUCAAUCUUUGUCAAUCAGUACUUUAGACUAUGAAAAGAAUGAUUCUUUUGUAAAAUUACUGUACUCAAUUGCGCAUGAUAAUCUUGACCAGUUAGUUGGAGAAGAAGCUGAAAAAUUGGAUGCUAUACGUGAUAUUUCUUUUAAAAUAUCAAAUAAAAAAUAUUAG